AUGACUGAAAUGUGUAAAGUUGAUAAGGCUUUAAUGGAAACCAAAUUAACGUUAGCCCGAUUGAAUCCUACAGAUUUCGUUUCCAGCAUCACGAAGAGAUCCGGAUAUACUGCUGUAGUAACCGGAGAGGUUCUGCAUAUUCUUGAAUGCAAACCUGUGAAUGUGAUACCACGUUCAGACGAAUUGUGUUAUCAGGAAAUUCCUGUGACAUACAACAAUAAGUCAAUGUACAUUGCUCCAGUUACGAAAGUAUUGCAAUUACGUGGAACGCAAAUAGAUUGUACUCCACUUAUGCCUGCUAAAUUUCAAAUAGGUGGUCGAUGGUUUACCGCUAAUGGAAGGCUACGAGAAACAACACCUCCAUUGAAGCUUACCACUGAUUUGCCAGCUCAAUCACACUGCUCAAUCAUGAAUCCAGUUCGCUCUCUAUUGAAGGUAACAGCGCUCGGAGCAGCAACCUUUAGCAUCACCUGCCUGUACAAGGGAAAUGAAAGGUUCUACGAAAACAUUUUCAUGCCGAUCGUUCGGCUCGCUCCGCCGGAAACUGCUCAUCAUCUGGCGGUGUUCGGCCUGAAGCUGGGAUUGAUUCGACCCGGAUAUCAAGAUCCCGGCGUUCUGCGCACCCAGCUGAUGAAUAUGGUUCUGCGCAAUCCGGUCGGUAUCGCUGCCGGUUUUGACAAACACGGCGAAGCGGUCUGUGGACUGCAUCUGCUUGGGUUCGGCUUUGUGGAGGUCGGAUCGGUUACGCCCCAGCCGCAGCCGGGAAACCCGGGACCGCGAGUGUUUCGGUUGAAUGAGGAUAAGGCGAUUGUCAAUAGAUACGGAUUUAAUAGUGAGGGCCACAAAGUGGUUUACGAGCGGCUGAAAGAAGCUCGUCAAAAGUGUGGCGAAGAUGUUGUGUUAGGAAUAAAUUUAGGAAAAAAUAAGCUUUCUAAGGAUGCGAUCCGCGAUUACGUGAAAGGAGUGAAACGAUUUAGUGGCUUAGCUGAUUAUCUCGUUAUCAAUAUAAGUAGCCCGAAUACGCCCGGUUUGAGGACUAUGCAAAACAAAAGUACGCUUUUCGUAUUGUUGAGUGAAGUCCUGAAGGUACGGAGUUCCCUGCCGCUGGCAGAACAAAGACCUAUUAUGGUGAAACUGGCACCGGACUUGUCCGAUGAAGACAUCCAGGAGAUAGUCACAGUUGUAUGCAGCAAAGCAUGUGCCGUCGACGGACUAAUCGUAUCGAAUACAACCAUCGAAAGGCCAUCUAGUCUGAAGAGCAUCAAUGCCGGCCAGCUGGGCGGCUUGAGUGGGCAGCCAUUGUUCCAAAGAUCUACCCAACUGGUGGCCAAGGUGUACAAAUGGACCGAGGGAAAGAUUCCCAUCAUCGGCGUUGGAGGGAUUUUCAGCGGUCGCGAUGCGUACAAUAAAAUUCUGGCCGGUGCCAGCGCGGUUCAACUAUAUACGGCGUUUAUUUACCAUGGACCACCGAUUGUGAUACGAGUCAAACAGGAGCUUGAGGAGCUACUGAAAGCGGACGGGUACGACAGCGUGCAGCAAGCCGUCGGCAAGGGCGUAGAUCAGAUCUUACAAAGUUGA